CCAAAAUCAAUCGAUCGUUCGAGGGCAAGUGGAGGAGCGCCAUAUGGAGGACUACGAGCUCGACUACGAUGUGCAAGAGCGAGGAAAUAAGCGGACAGCGGCUGUGGGAAGGUUCUCUGUUGCUGUGCGCUUACCUCGUCGAGGUCUGCCGCAACGAGGACAGCAACAGCAGCGCCGGUGACUGCUGUCGAGGGAUGGGAAAACCAAAGUUGGACUUGCAAGGCAAAUCCGUGUUAGAGCUUGGAGCAGGGACGGGGAUCGUCGGCAUGCUCGCUGCUAAACUCGGCGCACAGACGCUGAUCCUUACCGACGGCGAUGACAAGUGCGUGGCAAUGGCGCAGAAGAACAUCCAAGACAACGACGUCCCGUUUGACCAAGCGCUCGUCACGGCCCUUCGGUGGGGGGAAGAAGAAUCGACCACGAAAUUUUGCAAGGAUUUUUCUGAGUGGGAUUCCCGACGGGUCAUCGGAACGGGAAGCGGCGGGAAGAACGGGGUAGCUUCAGCAGCCGGGCCCACCAAAUCCUUAGCAGCGGGGGCACAAGACAAGGCGUCGGUGCCAGGCGACGUGGCUGUUUGCGCUCAUGGUCACUCCCCCAACGCAAGUAGUGGAAACGGCCAUCUCAACGAAGAUCCCGCUAGCACAUCUUGUGAAGGACAAGAUAGAAACGUGGGGCCGCCGCCACCGCCGCGAGACAGUCUACCAUCAUCGCCAUCGCCGUUGAAGUCGUUCGAUUUCAUUCUGGCGGGGGAUGUGCUCUACAAGCACAGCCUCCUAGAACCGUUCCUUCGAACGGUCCGAGACAUGCUGGCGGCGGGCGGUCGAAUGCUCCUGUGCCACAUCCCGAGAGCCGGCGUGACGUACGACAUCGUCGAGCGGGCGUUUGCCCAAGCAGGGUUCGCGUUUGAGAUCCUGAACGGCGACAACAAGGAGGAGGGAAGUAAGGGGCACAGCAGCGGCGGCGAGGGUGGGGGAAAGGAUGUCGGCCGGGCGGAUGCACCUACAGAAGGGGCAGCAGGGGGUCACUGUGAUGCUCCAGAUGUCGGGGGGAUCGAGCUGUGUGUAGACGACGCGCGGCGAGCUCGGUUGUACGAGUUGCAUUCUGUCGACCUGACGUUUGCAACGUAA